UUCACAAUUCACACACAGCAGCACGACGAGCGAGAGAGAGAGAGAGAGAUAUGUCUAGAUCACUGGUGCAGCCCGUAGGGCAGAAGAGGCUAACGAACGUGGCGGUGGUGCGUCUGAAAAAGCGCGGCACUCGCUUCGAAAUUGCUUGUUACAAGAACAAGGUCCUCUCAUGGCGGUCUGGCGUAGAGAAAGAUUUGGAUGAAGUGCUACAAUCACAUACCGUUUACACGAAUGUCUCGAAAGGUAUUCUUGCCAAGACAAAAGAUUUGAACGCUGCAUUUGAUUCAGAUGAUCAGACCAAGAUUUGUUUGGAGAUUUUGGACAAAGGAGAGCUUCAAGUGGCUGGGAAGGAGAGGGAAUCUCAGUUGUCCAGUCAGUUUCGAGACAUUGCCACCAUUGUUAUGCAGAAAACCUAUAAUCCCGAAACUCGGCGCCCUUACACUAUUAGCUUGAUUGAGAGUCUAAUGCAUGAAAUUCACUUUGCUGUAGAUCCACAUCGAGGUUCGAAGAAGCAGGCUCUGGAAGUUAUUCAUGAGCUUCAGAAGCACUUCCCGAUAAAACGGUCUCCAAUGAGAUUGCGACUCAUAGUACCUGAACAAGAAUUUUCAUCCCUUUCAGAGAAGCUGACUGCCUGGAAUGCUACAAUAGUUUCGAAAGAUCAAACUGGAAGUCAGAUAUCUAUUAUUUGUGAAUUGGAUCCUGGUUUUUAUCGUGACUGCGAGGGAUUGAUGAUGAAGUUGCAUGGGAGAUAUGAAGUUCUUGCACUCUCUGUGCAUGCUGAGGGUGACACUGUUAUUGAUCAAUACGAUGAUCAUGAGGAUGAACCAUCGCGCACGCUCAAUGAGUCCUCUGAUUUUGACUUAUCAAAGAAAAAAGAAUCUACUGAUUCUGACUUAUUGAAAAAGGAGUCGGCUGAUCCUGUGCUAAAACUGAGCAAUGAAAUGCAAAAACAGAGCAUCUCUACGGGGAAAGGAACUGUUGUGUCGGAGGGAAAGCAGAACAAAUGCAACACUUGCAAUGCUUUUGUGGGUGAUUCCAAGCAGUACAGGGAUCAUUUCAAGAGUGAGUGGCACAAGCAUAACUUGAAGCGCAAAACCAGACAACUUCCUCCCCUAACUGAAGAUGAGUGUGCGGCUGACAUGGAAAUGGAUGACCAUAAGGCGGAUUUGAAGGAUUAUUCCUUUUAAUGGACGUCAAUGUCAAAAUUUGAAAGCCUGAAAUGGUUGGUCACUGAUUUACAAAAUCUGACAUACACUUCUGGGUUAAUUUUGAUUAGAGAUGAUGAAUGAAUCUGUUUUUACAAGGGAUUUGUGCAGAAUUAUUUACGCUGAAACUUAUAAUAGAAAUUCUUAUGGACUGAAA